UAUUUGUCCAACACCACGCUCCUCUGUUUUUAUGACUCUUUCAAAAACACACACAAAAAUGGCAUACUUACAUACCAAUUUCCUCUAUUUACAACCCAUAAUUUUGUACACAUUCAUACUCCUAACUUCAAACCAUGGCAAUUUUCUCACCAUAGUCACUGCUCAGGGUGUGCCGCCGAGCUCGACUCGAUUGACUAGCCUCUUCCCUCACCUUUCCUUCGACCGGGACUACUCACAAAUAUUUGGAGACUCUAAUGCCCAAAUUUAUGCCAAUGGUUCUAAUGCUAAGAUCUCCCUAGACAAAAAAACUGGUGCAGGUUUUGCUUCAAAGAAUCACUACAAUUAUGGUUUCUUUAGUGCAGCUAUCAAACUUCCCUCUGGUUUCACCUCUGGUGUUGUUGUUGCCUUCUAUAUGUCGAAUUCGGAUGUUUUCCCACACAACCAUGAUGAGAUUGACUUCGAGUUACUUGGACAUCAGAAAAGCAGGAAUUGGAUUCUGCAAACAAACAUGUACGGAAAUGGAAGUGUAAAAACAGGGAGAGAAGAGAAGUUUCGGCUAUGGUUCGACCCGACUACAGAGUUUCAUGAAUAUACCAUCAUUUGGAAUAGUCAUCAUAUUGUGUUUCUAGUGGACAAUAUCCCAGUGAGGGAAGUGCAAAACACACCAGCAAUUUCCUCAUCCUAUCCAUCAAAACCUAUGGCUGUUUAUGCCACAAUAUGGGAUGCAUCCCCGUGGGCGACCCACGGGGGAAAAUACCCGGUUAACUAUAAGUACGCCCCGUUUACCGCUUCCUUAGGGCAAAUGGAGAUGGCCGGUUGCGCAUACGACCCGAAGGAUCUUUCGGGUAAAUCGUGUUCGAAGAGUAGUAGUCCAUCAAGUUUGGACCCAGUUGAUGGCCAAGAUUUUGUUAAGUUAUCAAAUCAACAAAUUCAGGGACUUCAAUGGGCAAGAAGCAAACAAAUGAUUUACUCUUAUUGUAAAGAUAAACAUAGGUACAAUGUUUUACCACCAGAAUGCACCACAAAAUAACUAGGAUUCAAUUAAUUUCUUUAUUUUUUUUUUGAUAUAUACAUAUUUUUUGUAACAUUUUUUAUCCCAUUAUUAUAUAAUUUUUAGGGUGAAGAUUAUUUAUGUAA